GAGCUUUAGCAAGCCUUAGAGCCUGGAGUCUGGAGAAGCGCGAGGCGAGGCGAUGCGGGGUUGGUUUGCGGGGCAAUUCGGCCAGUGGAUUGCUGAUAUUGUGAAGGUUGGACAUCAGUGACCGGCUGGGAUUAUGUAUUCUGGGGAGGCGAAGUCAGUUUCCGUAGAUGGUUCAAAUUGAGCUUUUCUCUUUAACUCCUCACACGACCCUUCAGUUCUCAGCUAAGCAUGCCCACAACAGUAUAAAUGGCCCUUCCGAUCCUGAUGUCUCUUCUUCUCCUGCCUGAUCCUCGCACACCGUUUGCACAACGCGUCCGCUUGGUGGAAUCGCCAGGUCCAGCCUUUAAUACAAGGUGGAUUGAGCUCAUCCGCAAACAGACACAACUGUUCCUCGUGUAUCUUGGUGUGUUUGCAAUUGUAGACAAUUUGAUGCAUGAUGCACAUACUCGAGAAUCUGUAUGUCUCCUCGAUCGCUGCUACGGUUGGAUUCUUCGGAGUUUCGGUGCUUUGGUAGUUGCUAUGUUGCGGUUCUCAUUAAAACGACCUUUUCUGGAUUCUGGAUUUCGUCGCGGACAACAUUAUGAGUUAAGACCAGAGAAAACAUAAUCUAGUUCGUCAUGAGUAAUCAAAUGAUCUCAACUCCUUUCCUUCGUUCAGAUAGCCUUGUUAGCUAGACCAGCUUCCCAAACGGCACCACCCUUCCACCAUCCG